GCAUUUUACAAUUCUACAUAUUAAACGUUGCUUAAAGUUAUACGAAACAUUCAGUCGUAGUCUAAUGCACGAUAGCACUAGAGACAAUGGAGCGGAUAUUAGUUGUUAUAUUAAUUUCUUUCCUAGAGAUAGCGUGCCAUCCCUUGCUUAAAGAAGGCGAUUCAUUUGAAAAUCCACAGUUAUUUCUCAGUACCACGUCGAGUAAAGUAUCCAGCGUUUUGAGAGAAAUUCUGAAUCAAGAAAGCUUAGUGCGCCUGUCAAUGGUACAAAAAAUUCAGAAGCUGGGUAUGGAUUCCAUCGAUAACAAAAAUAUUACUCAGGUCAUGAAGAAAAGACUUGAUGACCUAAUUUAUGAGGUAAAGGCAUUGGAGUCAGGUUAUCAAAGAAUGGAAAAAGAGAACUCAGCACUUAAUGAAAAAUGGAAGUUCAUGCGGUCUUCGAUGGCUAACACUACAAGUCUUACACUUAACAAAAUUUAUCCUUUAAAUGAAACAGAGAUUUUACUUCUUAUGGAACAAAUGUCUUCUCUAAAACGGGAAAAUGAUGAACUUACUCGGGAACGUACAGAAAUAAAUACACAACUUGUGGUUUUAAACAAGACAAUCAGUUUGUCAGAGAGAUAUUUGGAAAUUUUAAAAAACGAGACGAUGUUCAACAAGCAUAAAAUUGACAUUCUUGUAGAAGAAAACGAGAGUAUGCAGAAAAAGUUACUUCAGAUGAACGAAACAUUUAGCGAGAACAACAAAAAUGACUUAAUUACACGUAUGCAGGUAGUUGAAGGUAGUUUUGGAAGUUUUGAACAUACAGUCAAUAAAACAAUGGAAAAUCUUUUUCAGGAACAAAACAACUUUAGCAGACAACUAACACAUCUUUCCACACAAAUCACAGAGAGACUUAAAUCUCCUCCUUCCAAGAGUAAAUCCAUCGCUUUUUAUGUCUACAUGUCUCGGAACACAGGGGCAAUAUCUGGUCAGCAGAUCUUGACAUUUGAUGUCGUGAAAACUAACGUUGGAAAUGGAUACUAUUAUGCAACUGGAAUAUUCAUCGUUCCGGAAACUGGCAUUUAUGUAUUUACUUGGACAAUACGAGAAAACAGCACUAACCGUCACUCGACACAGUUAGUGAAAAAUACUGAUGAAGUUGGAAUAAUUCACACACAAGUUCACCACGAUUCAGACAUAGCCGGAACCGGAAUUGUUGUUGCGCAUGCCAAUACAGGAGACAGCGUUUUUGUAAGAACUCACUCAUCAUGGAAUUAUGGAAUUAUUGUAAGCAACAGUGCAGGAAGAUCGUCGUUUGCUGGAUGGAAAAUUGAGUGAAAAUUGUACAUUCUUAUUGUAGAGACGGGUGUUGUAGGUGUUUGUAGUACAGAUUCUAGAUAAAGUUUUUUUCAAGAAAAAUAUCAUCCAUUAAAUUGAAAAUAACUUACAUUUUAGAUUUAUUAUUGGUGACUAUUAAAAGUGAUUUUUUUAAUAUGUGACUUUAUACUGGAAAUGUUGGUUUGACUAGAGUUGUCCAUCGAAAAAAAACCCACUAUCUACAAGAUUGACUUUCCUAAAACCUUGGAAUGUCAUCUCUUACGUUUUACUAAUGUCUCAGAAUAAAAGGAAAAUGUAACAUUUUUGUUCAAAUUUUAACCAUUUAUUUCAAUGUGGGUCUCCGAAUAUGAAAAUUUAUGUAGAAAAAAUUAUAACCAUUUAGCGAUUUUCAAAGAAAAAAAAAUACAUUUAAACAUUAGUAAUUCUUUGAGAAUUGCUAAAACCUUACCGUUCCUUUUGUCCUUAUUUCACGACCACUUUUUCUAUACCACCUAAAACGUUUUAAUAAAGGUGCAAAGUA